AUGCCUCUCUCCGUAGACCUUGAAGCCCCCAAUGGGCGCAAGUACACACAACCUACGGGUCUUUUCAUAAACAACGAGUUCGUCCCUUCGUCGAGCGAGAAGACGAUUACCUCGAUUGACCCAGCCACCGAAAAGCCCAUUGCUUCCGUCGCCGCAGCCAACGCGCAAGAUGUCGACAAGGCCGUGCAAGCCGCGAAGAAGGCGCUGCAUGACCCUGCCUGGGCAGACCUUGCCCCGACUGACCGCGGACACCUCAUGUACAAGCUCGCAGAUCUGAUCGAGCAGAACCGGGAGAUGCUCGCCACCAUCGAGGCCUGGGACAAUGGCAAAACGUACGCGGACGCAUUGGAAGGGGACAUUGUGGAGGUUGCCACGACAUUUCGCUACUACGCCGGCUGGGCGGAUAAGGUGUUUGGCCAGACAAUCAGCACUACCCGCCAGAAGUUUGCCUACACGCUCCGUCAGCCCAUUGGCGUCGUUGGCCAGAUUAUCCCGUGGAACUAUCCAUUGGGCAUGGCCGCCUGGAAGCUCGGCCCGGCCCUCGCGUGCGGCAACACUAUCGUGAUCAAGGCGGCAGAGCAAACGCCACUGUCCAUCUUGGUCCUGGGAACCUUGAUCAAAGAAGCUGGUUUCCCCCCGGGUGUCGUGAACAUUAUCAACGGACUCGGUGCGGAGGCUGGUUCGCCGCUGUCGCAACACCCGCUAGUCGACAAGAUUGCCUUUACGGGCUCGACAGCGACAGCCAAGCAGAUCAUGGGCGCUGCCGCCAAGACGCUCAAGAACAUCACGCUAGAGACCGGUGGCAAGUCACCACUCUUGGUCUUUGACGAUGCGGACCUCGAGCAGGCGGCGAAAUGGGCCCAUCUCGGCAUCUUCUCCAACCAAGGCCAGAUCUGCACGGCGACAUCCCGCAUUCUCGUGCAGGAGAGUGUGUAUGAAAGCUUCAUGGAGACCUUCCUCAAGACGAUCAAGACUGUCAGCAAGGUGGGAAGUCAAUGGGAGACCAGCACAUACCAAGGCCCGCAGGUGUCAGAGGCCCAGUAUAAGCGCAUUCUGGAGUACAUCAACAUUGGCCAGGAUGAGGGGGCCAAAGUGGCUACCGGCGGGAAGACACUUCGAGAAGACCAGGGCGGUCAGGGGUUCUUCAUUGCACCGACCGUGUUCACAGAUGUCAAGCCGUCGAUGCGUGUGUUUAAGGAGGAGAUCUUUGGUCCGGUCGUGGCCGUGUGCCGUUUCAAGACGGAAGAAGAGGCGCUGGCACUCGCGAACGACUCGACGUACGGUCUCGGGUCGUCCAUCUUCACAAAGGAUAUGGAAAGAGGCCACAGGAUGGCGGAGCGGAUCGAGGCGGGUAUGGUCUGGAUCAACAGCAGCCAGGAUUCGGACCCCCGGAUUCCGUUUGGCGGUGUGAAGCAGAGUGGGAUUGGAAGGGAGCUUGGUGAGGCUGGGCUGGAGGCUUACUCGCAGAUCAAGGCUGUGCAUGUGAAUAUGGGGAGCAAGUUGUGA